ACGAUGGCACACAGUUUACAGUUUCGUUCUGGCGCUCGAUGCACGAGCAACUUUCUCUUGGGCGGUCUCGGUUUCGUCGUUGGAAUCGUGUCAAGAAAAAAACAAUAACAAUCAUCACCGACGAUGAACCGGCGCGGUGCCCAUGCCAUCGUCAACCGUGAAAGUGCCUUGUUUGUCUGCUAUUAUUUGUUAUUAAUCACUUUUACUGGAAUAUAUGCACAGCGAUCCAAAGGUCGGAAAAAACCGGAGACGGUCACCGAUCUAUUCAACACCACUUCCUGUAUCCCCAAACCAUACAGAUGUCCACAUAAGCAAAUACAGUUUUACUUGUAUACAAGAAGGACGCAACAGAAUCCUGAAUUGCUGGAUACAACCAAACUGGAUUCUUUGUACAACACUCAAUUUAACAGAGCUUAUCCAACGAAGAUAAUCAUCCAUGGCUUUGGUGGAGGAAGGAUGUAUUCUCCAAGUACCGACAUGAGGGAUGCAUAUUUCUACAGAGGAAAUUACAACGUCAUCAUCGUUGAUUAUGGAACGCUAGUUAAGGAACCGUGCUUGAAACAAAUGGAGUGGGCUCCAAGGUUCUGCGCCAAGUGCAUAGCUCAGUUGAUCCAUUAUUUAGCUCAGCAUCCCAGAGGGGUACGAGCCGACGAUUUGCACGUGGUAGGGUACAGCGUGGGGGCACAUAUUGGAGGACUGGUGGCCAAUUAUCUCGAUCCCGAGAAGGACGGCAAGCUUGGCAGGAUCACAGGAUUAGACCCGACUAUCGUAUUUUACAUGGGCCAAAACAAGUCUAGGGAUCUGGACACUUCAGAUGCACAUUUUGUGGAUAUCCUGCAUACAGGAGCCGGAAUAUUAGGACAGUGGGGUCCAAAUGGUCACGCAGACUUUUACAUUAAUGGUGGAUCUAGUCAGCCAGGGUGUGGAAGCGAUACUGUAUUUAAAACUUUAGCUUGUGAUCAUACCAAAGUGACACCCUACUUCAUAGAAUCCAUUGUCACCAGUAAAGGAUUUUGGGCAUACCCCUGCCCAACGCUUAUCAGUUUCAUGCUGGGAUGGUGCAACCCAGAAGAUAACCAGUAUGUUCUAAUGGGAGAACAUGUUAGCCAUAAGGCUAGGGGUGUCUAUUAUCUCAGAACGAAACCUAAUCCCCCAUACGCUCUUGGCCCUCCAGAACACAUUAAGCAAAAGGCACUACAAAUUUUGAAGAAGAGGACAACCUGAAACUCUUCGGGAGUUGGUUAAUUAAUUUAUUAUGUAUGCCUGUAAAAAGAUUUGCCAAAUACUUAUUUCUAAGGGACAUUUUUGUAUAUAAUAGGAGAUAAGAUGCAGAAUCUUAAUAGUGGGUAGAACGAAAAUUAGUUGGUGAUAACGCUGCUUUUGUGAAGUACAGUUUUUGUAUGUCUAGUCUAACACAAAAUGAUAAAGAAAGGUUGGAACUAAAAUAAAGGUUUUCUACUUAUCGCCUACAACUUUCAAUGAUACCUCUAUCCAAAAGGAUUAGUAAAAUGAUGUUUGUUUCUGUUUCGAUCUAUUAUUAGUGGAUUAUUAUUUCUGUGAAUACUUGCUACAUUUUUUUUAAGAGAGUUAUAGUGUCCUAAUUUAUUCAUUCUUAUGUUAAUAGAACGUUUGUAGCAGGGGAUUGAUUAAAAAUUAAAGGUUAAAAUAUUAAUAAUGCAACUAUUUGCCAUAUA